AUGACCCCGAAGUCCAGCGCCUCUCUGAAAGAUAUUUGGCCAUAUUCAGAUACCCGCUGUGAUGCAGACUGGCUGCCACAUAAUGGAUUUUGCUAUCUGCUGGUGAAUGAAAGUGAUUCCUGGGAUUCGGCACACACGAAAUGCAAAGACUUCAGUAGUGACCUUAUCAGCAUUCAUUCUUUAGCAGAUGUGGAAUUGGUAGUGACAAAACUCCAUAAUGGGGAUAUUUGGCCAUAUUCAGAUACCCGCUGUGAUGCAGACUGGCUGCCACAUAAUGGAUUUUGCUAUCUGCUGGUGAAUGAAAGUGAUUCCUGGGAUUCGGCACACACGAAAUGCAAAGACUUCAGUAGUGACCUUAUCAGCAUUCAUUCUUUAGCAGAUGUGGAAUUGGUAGUGACAAAACUCCAUAAUGGGGAUGCCAAAGAAGAAACAUGGACAGGUCUUAAGAACAUAAAUACACCAGCUUUAUUUCAGUGGUCAGAUGGUACUGAAGUUACUCUAACAUAUUGGGAUGAAAAUGAACCAAGUGUUCCCUACAAUAAGACUCCCAACUGUGUGUCCUACUUAGGAAAGCUAGGUCAGUGGAAAGUUCAGUCAUGUGAAGAGAAACUUAAAUAUGUAUGUAAGAAAAAGGGAGAAAAAAUGAGUGAUGCAAGAACUGAUAAGAUGUGUCCUCCAGAUGAGGGCUGGAAGAGACAUGGAGAAACCUGUUACAAGAUUUACAAGGAUGAGGUCCCUUUUGGAACCAACUGCAAUCUGACUAUAGCUAACAGAUUUGAGCAAGAAUUCCUGAAUGAUAUGAUUAAGAAGUAUACUAAAUCUCCAGAAAAAUACUUCUGGACUGGCCUGAGAGAUGUAGAUUCAAGUGGAGAGUAUAGCUGGGCAAGUGUUGGUGGAGUGAAGCGAUCUGUAACCUUUUCCAACUGGAAUUUUCUUGAGCCAGCUUCUCCAGGCGGGUGCGUGGCUAUGACCACUGGAAAGUCCGUUGGGAAGUGGGAGGUAAAAGACUGCAAAAGCUUCAGAGCACUUUCAAUCUGCAAGAAAAGCAGUGCGCCUGCUGAGCCUGAAGAAGCAGCCCCCAAGCCUGAAGACCCCUGUCCCGAAGGCUGGCAAAAUUUCCCCCCAAGUCUUUCUUGUUAUAAGCUGUUUCAUAUAGAAAGAAUUGUAAGAAAGAGGAACUGGGAAGAAGCUGAAAGAUUCUGCCAAGCACUUGGAGGACACCUUCCUAGCUUCCAUCAUGUGGAUGAAAUAAAGGAAUUUCUUCACUAUUUAAUGGACCAGUUCAGUGGUGAGCGAUGGCUGUGGAUAGGUUUGAAUAAAAGGAGCCCUGAUUUACAAGGAUCUUGGCAAUGGAGUGAUCAUACACCAGUGUCUACUUUUAUCAUGGAAAAUGAGUUCCAGCAGGAUUACGAUGUCAGAGACUGUGCUGCUGUCAAGGUCAUGCAGAGGCUAUGGCGAAGAGGCUGGCAUUUCCAUAAUGACAGAGAAUAUAUUUAUUUAAGGCCUUUCGCUUGUGAUACAAAACUGGAAUGGGUGUGUCAGAUUCCAAAAGGUCGGACUCCAAAAACACCAGACUGGUACAAUCCAGAGCGUGCUGGAAUUCAUGGACCUCCAGUUAUAAUAGAAGGGAGUGAAUAUUGGUUUGUCCCUGAACCUCGCUUAAACUAUGAAGAAGCUGUCCUGUACUGCGCCAGCAAUCAGAGCUCCCUGGCUACUAUAACAUCUUUUGCAGGACUAAAAGCCAUCAAAAACAAAAUAGCAAAUAUAUCUAGUGAUGAGCAGAAGUGGUGGAUGAGAACCUCUGAGCAGCCAAUAAUAGAUCGUCAUUUUAUAUACUCAAGACAUCCAUGGCAUCACUUUCCUAUAACAUUUGGACAGGAAUGUCUAUACAUAUCUGCCAGGACUUGGCUUAGCGACUUAAAUAAACCAGCAGACUGUAAUACCAAGUUGCCCUUCAUCUGUGAAAAAUAUAAUGUAUCUUCAUUGGAGAAAUAUAGUCCAGAUUCGGCAGCUAAAAUACAAUGCUCUGGGGAUUGGAUUUCUUUUCUGAAUAAGUGUUUUCUAAAGCUUAAACCCAAGUCUCUCACGUUUUCUGAAGCAAGCAGUACUUGUCACACCUACGGUGGCACCCUUCCUACGGUGUUAAGCCAAAGAGAACAAGAUUUUCUUACAUCGUUGCUUCCGGAUAUGGAAGAUGCUCUGUGGAUUGGUUUGCGCUGGACAGCCUAUGAAAGAAUAACUAAAUGGAUAGAUAACAGAGAGCUGACAUACAGUAACUUUCACCCAUUCUUGGUGGGUCGGAGGCUAGCAAUACCAACAAAUUAUUUUGAUGAAGAGUCCCGCUACCACUGCGCCCUGAUGCUCAACCACCGAACGUCACCUUUAACUGGAACGUGGAAUUUCACAUCCUGCAGUGAACACCACACUCUGUCUCUCUGUCAGAAAUACUCAGACGUUGAAGGCAGUCAGACAUUGCGGAAUACUUCAGAGACUGUAAAGUACCUAAAUAAUCUGUACAAAAUAAUCCUGAAGACUCUGACGUGGCCCGAGGCUCUGAGGGAAUGCCAGAAACAUGGCAUGCGCCUGGUGAGCAUCUCAGACCCGUACCAGCAGGCGUUCCUAACCGUGCAGGCGGUCCGGCAUAACUCCUCCUUGUGGAUUGGACUCUCCAGUGAAGAUGAUGAACUCAACUACAUUUGGUCAGAUGGGAAACAUCUUCAGUUUAGUCGCUGGGCUGAAAACAAUGAGCAACUGGAGGACUGUGUGUUUUUAGAUACUGAUGGAUUCUGGAAAACAUCCGAAUGCGAUGACCACCAGCCGGGUGCUAUUUGCUACUAUCCAGGAAAUGAGACUAAGAAAGAGGUCAAGCCAAUUAACAGUGUUCGUUGUCCAUCUCCUGUUUUAAAUACUCCAUGGAUACCAUAUCAGAACUACUGCUACAAUUUCAUGAUAGCAAAGAACAGAUACACAGCAGUAACAAAAGAUGAUAUUCAUUCUAGAUGCCAAAAACUGAAUCCAAAAUCGCAUAUUCUGAGUAUUCGAGAUGAAAAAGAGAAUAACUUUGUUCUUGAGCAACUUCUGCACUUUAAUUAUAUGGCGUCAUGGGUCAUGUUAGGUAUAAUUUACGAAAAUAAUUCUCUUAUGUGGUCUGAUAAGACCAUGCUGUCCUAUACGCACUGGAGAGGGGGAAGACCAGCUAUAAAAAACAGCCGGCUUUUUGCUGGCUUGAGUACUGAUGGCUUCUGGGAUAUUCAUACCUUUGAUGCUAUUGAAGAAAUACAUUACUUUCAUCAGCACAGCAUUCUUGCUUGCAAAAUUGAAAUGGUUGACUACAAGGAAGCAUAUAAUACUACUCUGCCACAGUUUAUUCCAUAUGAAGAUGGCAUUUACAGUGUCAUUCAAAAAACAGUGUCAUGGUAUGAAGCAGUAAACAUGUGCUCUCAGAGUGGGGGUCAUUUGGCAAGUGUUCAUGACCCACAAGGCCGGCUCUUCCUGGAAGAUAUCGCAAAGCGGGAUGGAUUUCCACUGUGGGUUGGGCUCUCAAGUCAUGAUGGCACGGAAUCAAAUUUUGAGUGGUCUGAUGGCAGUGCGUUCAACUACAUCCCAUGGAAAGAUAAGCAGUCUGCUGGGAAUUGUGUUCUCUUGGAUCCAAAAGGAAUUUGGAAACAUGAAAACUGCAACUCUUCUAAAGAUGGUGCUAUUUGCUAUAAAUCUACAAAAUCUCAAGAGGUAUCCUCUCCUACAUAUUCAUCGCGAUGCCCAGCAGUAAAAGGGAAUGGAUCCCAGUGGAUCCAGUACAGGGACCACUGUUAUGCAUCUGACCAGGCGUUACACACUUUCUCAGAAGCCAAACGGUUUUGUUCAGAACUUGAUCAUUCUGCAACUCUUGUUACCAUAGAGGAUGAAGAUGAGAAUAAAUUCGUGAGCAGACUGAUAAGGGAAAAUAAUAACAUUACCAUGAGAGUUUGGCUUGGAUUAUCUCAGCAUCCUUCCGAUAAAUCUUGGAAUUGGUUAGAUGAAUCAAAAGUGAAAUUUGUCAAAUGGGCAAAUAAACAUAAGAGCAGUGGUGGAAAAUGUAGCAUUUUGUUAGCUUCAAAUGAAACUUGGAUAAAAGUUGACUGUUCACAUGGCUAUGGAAGAGUUGUCUGCAAAGUUCCUCUGGUCUCUUUUUCAGAUUCGUCUGAAUCAACAUGUCUUUUAACGAUCGGAUUAGCAGUAAUUCCACUUAUGAUCCACUUCUCAUUCUUUGAUCCUGUUCACUACCUCCCACCCCAAGGCAUUCAUCAACCACUUCUAAGUCAGUUGUCCAACUCCCACUGGACAAUCUACGCUGAGUUUAUGCUAGGAACAGUCAGAGAUUCGGAUUCCUCUAUAUUACGUUCAUUUAAUUCUAAAACCUUCUUGGAGAAAUGAAGAUCUAAUUGUUAUUAGUUCAACUGUUUUAUCUUUUAACUAGAUCUCAAAGACAUUUUUUUCUGCAAGACUUCAUGAGCUGUAUAAAGUUAUCUCUAAUUCCAUGUAUAUUCUAAAUUAAAAUAUUCUCCCAAUA